AUGGCUUCCUUUCUUGAUCUUUCGUCCAACUGGUCUCUCCACUCGAUCCCCGCGGCCUUCGUGCUCGCCCUCCUCCCCAACUUCUACGCCAGCUUCGCUGCCGGCAAGAACUAUGACUUAGCCAACCCCCGCAAAACCGAGGAACACCUCGCCAAAGACGCCUCCAUCCCCAAGUCUCAAGUAAACCGCAUCCUGCGCGCCAAGGCCGCCGCCAACAACGGCCUCGAGACCAUUGGGCUCUACGCCGCGGGUGUUGUGGCCGCCAACGCCGCCAAGGUGCCCGUCCAGACGCUAAACACGCUCUCGCUGUUCUACCUCGUCAGCAGGCUGGUGUACAACAUUGUCUAUGUCUUCCUGCAGGACAACCGCAAGUUUGCGCCUGUGCGCAGCUUGGUGUGGAUGGCCGGCCUAGGAACAGUUUUCUCUUUCUUUAUCAAGGCCGGGAAUGCGCUGUACUAG